GAUGAUGGCGCCACGAUGAUGGAAGUCGAUCACGAUACACGCCAAGUAUAUUCCGAACAGAUGAAGGUUCCGACUGGUUCGUUGGAUGUUUUAAUUCCAAGCCAAGAGACACUGUCGCAACGGCUCACAACUCCAAUAGUUACUACAUUUGUCAAUACGGAUAAGAUAAGCUUCGAACGAAACAAAGCGGGUAUUUGGGGUUGGCGAUCGGACAAAACUGAAAUCGUAAACGGGUACGAGUGUAAAGUGUUUGGUGCAAGUAACGUCGAAUUAAUAACGAAAACGAGAAUGGAACACCUGACCGAGAACGAUAAGGCGAUCGCCAAGAAUAAAAAUGGGAAAAGCCCAUUGCAAAACUUUCUAGGUAUCGCCGAAGUAGAGGAAGAGGCCGCUGCCACUUUGAUACCCAAAGAGGAAUAUGUAAGUAUGACGAAUCCUUGCAAUAUCAGUCCUGAGGAGUAUUUCGAUGCGGGCAUGAAUUUGGAGGGUCGCGAUAUUGGAAGACCGAAGGAGAUUAAUACGAAGAUUCAGAAGUUUAGGGCGACGCUCUGGUUGUGCGAGCAUUACCCUUUGUCAUUUCCUGAGCAGAUUUUACCCAUCGUCGAUCUUAUGGCUAUUUCCAGUUCCCAUUUCGCCAAGUUGAGGAAUUUUAUUCAAAUGCAGUUGCCUUCGGGAUUUCCGGUUAAAAUUGAAAUCCCUCUAUUCCAUGUUCUAAAUGCAAGAAUAACAUUCGGCAAUAUUUUUGCGAUGGACAGCAAUGUCCCUCUCAUAAGUAGAGUUAACGAAGACGACCACGUGACUUGCAUCGUUGACGAAAUGGCCUUUCAAGCACCACCCGAUUACACAGAGUUUGGUAAUGUUGAGGCGGAUAUUAGGAGACAGUACAGUAUGGAGGAGGAAGAUGAUCUGCUUCAGUUUGCCAUCCAGCAAAGUUUGAUCGAGGCCGGCACCGAGACGGAGGAGGUUGACAUUUGGGAGGCGCUAAAAGCUCAAAAGCCAUCCAGGCCUAACACGCCCAAUAUGAUCGGAGAGGAGGAACGCCAAUUGCAGAGAGCGAUUCAGGCUAGUUUGGCUUUGUAUCAGCAUAAUGUAAAUAGUAUCGAAUCAGGAAUUAAUAGUAGUCCCGAGACAGACUCUGACCUUCACAUGGCACUAAUACUAUCAGAACAAGAACGGCAAAAAGACGAACAGCGACAACUACAGGAACAGCAACUAUUAGAAGAAGUAUUACAAUUAUCCUUGACGGAGAAGUGACCAACCGUUUAUUUGUUUUAUACGUAAUUAUUUUUAUGGUACGUUUGGCAACGCUGUGUCAUUCACGUCGACUGUUUUUCUAGGUAAUCUACAACUUAUGGUCUUGUAUUUCUGUGUAAGAAAAGGGAAGUGUUUGUGAAAUAAGUAAGUUACAAACUCCCUCCAUUAAUAAAUUUAAACACUGACUAUAAUAUUCAAAUUACAUAACGCAUUUAUAAUUACACUGAAAGUUAUGUUACUUGCAUACUAAUUUCGUAUGGUUCUACCAAGUCUGGGCACGAAGACGUUCCAUUGGUACUUACUAUCAGAUUAUGUUGCACAUUUAGUUACCUAUUUUACGAAUUCAAAUGUUACUUUGAACUGAUUUGAUUUUCAUAUGUAUUUAUUCUUUGUAUUCGGAGAUUAAAAUUAUUAUUAAAU